AAUUCAAACAAAUCUUAGCCUAGGGACUUGCAAAUUAAUAAAGACUACGUAAUUAGUAUAUUUUGGGCAUUUUACUGAAUAGUUUGCUAGUGCAGUUCCCUAGUAGGCUAGGAUUUCCUCGUCGUGGCUUUUAUUAUAGAGGAAGCCACAGGUCCACUAGCUGUCAUAUUACUGCCAUAAAGUGUAGUACAGAGUGAAUUUACUCUCGGGAGCCUACGACAAUUGAUGGUCACGGCCAGAAUGCAACCACCACACAGUAGAGGAAAACAUGAUCUUAUCUUGUUUUUUUUAUCUUUAAACUAUACUGAUUGUUGCAAAAAAUAAAUAGAGUAUUUGUAAAUAGCUUUUUUAAUACCGUCGGUGAGUAAACGGAUAUGUGUUUCGGUUCGGUUCGGCAUAUGACAACCGCAUUAUGCUCGACUCAUCUCUCAACUUUAGGCUGCGGAGGAGAGGCUGCACCUUGGUUGUAGUUUUAGGUGUUAUUAAUCUCUUAGUGGCUUUAUUUUAUUUCAUGGGUUACUCGAAUGGGUUGUCACCAAACCAACAACUACAGACACAGACGCGAAUUGAAACGGAUUUUAUUACCGUGACACUUCCACCGGAAGAUAUUGGACAUCACGACCUUAAUAAUAAUAGCGUUGUAACAUUGCAAACUCCGAAGCAUCACGAUCUAGAUUUACCCAAUACAGCUACUACAACAACUACUAACACUACUACUACUACUGCUACAACUUCGUGGAAAAAGUUAGAAAAAUGUCCUGAUCCGUCUCCACAUCUUGUUGGGCCUCUCAGGGUUGAGUUCUCUACGCCUGUCAGCUUGGACACAGUGAGGAAGGAGAACCCAGGUCUGCAGGAAGGAGGUCGCUACAAACCACAUGACUGCGUCGCCCUCCAGAAGGUUGCUCUAAUCAUCCCCUUCCGCCAUCGUGAUGAGCACCUCAAGUUCUGGCUCUACUACCUCCAUCCCAUCCUUCAGCGCCAACAGCUGGACUAUGGUGUCUACGUUAUCAAUCAGGAUGGAGACAACACGUUCAACAGGGCUAAGCUGAUGAACAUUGGCUAUGCUGAGGCCCUGAAAGAGUAUGACUACGACUGCUUUGUGUUCAGUGACGUGGACCUCAUCCCCAUGGAUGACCGCAACACCUACAAAUGCUUCAGCCAGCCCAGACACCUGUCUGUCUCCAUGGACAAGUUUGGCUUCAAGUUGCCCUAUAACCAGUUCUUUGGCGGUGUCUCAGCGUUAAGUAAGGAGCAGUUCCUAAAAAUCAAUGGCUUUCCCAACAGCUACUGGGGCUGGGGUGGUGAAGAUGAUGACAUUUUCAACAGGGUGAGCUCCAGAGGAAUGUCCAUCUCUCGUCCAGAUAGCGAGGUCGGAAAAUGCCGGAUGAUCCGUCACGAAAGAGACAAACUGAACGACCCAAAUCCUCAGAGGUUUGACAGAAUACAACGCACGAGACUGACGAUGAAUACCGAUGGGAUCAGCUCUCUCAAGUACGAAGUCAUCAAAGUGGAAAAGGAUCCUCUGUUCACGAAAAUCACAGUAGAUGUGGGGAAACCUUAGUGAAAGUGGAUAAAUGUGAGGAGUUAUUUUGCACAUCACUAAUCACAAGGUGGCGGGCAGUGAAAGCACGGCAGAACCAUGGAAUACAAUACUGAGAAUGCUCUGAACGCGGUCAUUUAUUGUGGAAACAAAUGGACAGCACUUGGACGAAUAAGAUGGCACAACAAGACCUUGUAAAUAUCAGAGUGGAUCAAAAUGUUUGGUCAACAUGUUUGAUGGCAGUACAAAAGGGAGAGUGCGUGGGACGAAUAACUUAUUUUGUACAUAAUUUGUAAUAAGUUGCCUGUGUGUAAUUCUGUACGGGACAACUACUUGAUUUAAAUGGGUAUAUAAGUUUAAUAAAUAUGUAUAUAGUUAAUACAUAUUUUAUACAUUGUUUCUUCUUGCAUUUUUGGCAGAGAUAUUUGAGAUGAUUAUGGUUUAAUAUGUUUGAAACUGUGUGAAAGGUCUUAAUCCCGAUCUACAGCAACUGUUGGUUUGGUUACUUAUACAUGUUUCCAAAAACAUCAGUUGAUACACACUUGUUUGCUGUAUUCUGUACAUUCACUACCCACAGGUAGUGAUCACGAUCACAUGAUCACUUCCAUGCUUCUUUACAUUCAAAACCUAUUCAGCACCUGUUACAUGAAUGAUCACUUCCUUGUUUCUGCAAUGAGUGUACAAAUCAGUCAGGAACAAAUAUACAACCUACCAUCACGAUGGUGUAGUAUGUAGGUAUGGUCAGUCUCAGUCCCCACCCACUUAAAUUAAAUAUGUAAAAAUACUGGUUUGGUGAGAAGGUUUGGUGGACCCAACCUGUCACUGUAUUUCAUGUGACUGAAAGCAAAAGCCUAAUGUCUGGUGUUCAGUCAUAGGAAUAGAACAGGGAGAAGUUAUUAAAUAAAAAAAAUGUUUUACAUUUGAAUUAUUCAAAUAAUUGUUUUAUUGAAUACAUUUUACUUUAUUCUUCAGUUGGGCUAUUGAAUACAUACAUUUAUUAGAAUUAGAAUUAUUGGAAUACAUGUUUUAUUGAGUUUAUUUUAUUUCAAGUUUCCAGUUAAGGACUCCAAAAAGUGACUACAGAUGUAAUAAAUACCAUUUUAAAUAACACAAGCAUAUUGCUAUUACAUUGUUAUAACUAACUUCUUUCUUAAACAAGGUUUUCUCACAUACUCAUAAGCAGAAACUGAGACCCCCACACACACCCAGAGACAGAUGGCUGACACAGAACAUUCAUAAACACUGAUAAGGCAGGAAAGGCCUUGAGCAAGAGUGCUUGGGUCUGUAUUUCACGAAAUAAUGAGACACACACAUAACCAAGGACUGAGGGCUGACGUAAACCUUUCAUAAACACCGAUUAGAUAGGAACAUCUGCGCACACACCUAAAUCUCCUGUUUUAGCUGAACAUUUGGUAACAAAGAACUUUUGAUACAAGACUCAGAAGGAUGACGCACAGCUCAUCCGGACCAAUCUGAGAAGACAACAACCUGAUCAGGACCAACCAGAAAACCAGAUCUACCAGACUCUACCUACUUUCUGUGCUGUUUAAAAUGACUAUAUAUUUCUGUUAUCUGGGCUCUGUCUGCAGGUUCCUUACGAGCUGAAUGAACGAGUCCAUGCAUGUUUGUAUCAGAUAUCUUUACCUCUGAAUAAAACUGCUUUUUAUUAUACGAAUAUC